UAAAGUUCAGAUAAAAAUGGAGGGAUCUCAUACAACCAUGAACCCAGCCAAGAGUAUGGCUCCUGGUUCCAAUCAGCACAUAGAGCUUAAUAGUGAGAUGGAUGAAGUUGUGAAAAGGAUUCAGAGUAGUAAGAAUGUGAGCGGUGUGAUGGUGAUCAGCAAUGAAGGAAUUCCAUUAAAAACAACUUUAGACAACUCUACAACUGUCCAGUACGGAGGUAUGGUAUCUCAACUGGCUGAAAGAGCAAAAUCUGUUGUUAGGAAAUCCAUUCAUAAUUGA